AACCAGGAAGUGACGUCGCUGCCCUCCGUCAGACUGUGUUGAUGUUUUGUGAGCCUGGACGGGAAGAGAGACUCGGUUUGUUUUUGUUCUCGGUUUGCGCCGCGGAGAGCCGCUCGUCGUCGACCCGCCCGUCGCCUCCCGCUGGCUAACGGCCUUAACUCGGCGGAUUCUCCGGAGCGGCCGCGCCGAGAGGCGAGCAAGCCGAAGCAUUUGAUCGAGAACGGGAGGAAUCGUCACCCCUUUGACCCCCCCUCCCUCCUUCCCUAACACACACACACACACACAGAACCAUGACGAUUCUUCCGAAGAAGAAGCCCAGCUCGGGUGUCGGGGUCUCGGAUCACGCCGACGACAGCGACCGCCGGAGCGGCUCCGACCCGCACCAACACCCGCACCCGCACGGAGGGCGAGCCGGAGCGCGGCCGAGGGCUUCACCUCCGCCGUGGUCCUACCAGCCCGCUCCGCCCUCCGCCAGGGAUGACAGGCGGAACAUCGAGGCUAGCUCCCGGCCGCAGCAGGCCUCUCCCCCGCCCGUCGGCUCGGUUUCCCCCGUCGGACCGGGCGACGGUAGAGACAGCAGCGGCGGGAUGGUGGCCGGGUCCCGGGGGGAGCUGGUCGUGGCGGCCGGUGUCGGCUGCGGCGGCGGCAUCGGCAGCUGCUGCUCCGGGCCCGGGCUGAGCAAGAGGCGGCGGCAGGCUGGGACCUGCUCCGGCGGGGUGGUGGCUCUGGCCGGGGGAGGGCAGCCCGGAGUGACCGGACCGGGAGGCGUCGGCUCCAGCCAGGACACGGAGGAGGGAGCCGGGGGGAACAACAGCGAGGACGAGUACGAAAACGCCGCCCGGCUGCAGUCCAUGGACCCGGCCACCGUGGAGCAGCAGGAGCACUGGUUUGAGAAAGCUCUGGGGGAGAAGAAAGGCUUCGUCAUCAAGAAGAUGAAGGAGGACGGAGCCUGUCUGUUCAGAGCCGUCGCUGACCAGGUGUAUGGAGAUCAGGACAUGCAUGAGGUGGUGAGGAAACACUGUAUGGACUACCUGAUGAAGAACGCAGACUACUUCUCCAACUACGUGACGGAGGACUUCACCACAUACAUCAACAGGAAGAGGAAAAACAAUUGCCAUGGCAACCACAUCGAGAUGCAGGCUAUGGCCGAGAUGUACAACAGACCGGUGGAGGUUUACCAGUACAGCACAGAACCAAUCAACACGUUCCACGGCAUCCACCAGAACAACGACGAGCCAAUCAGAGUGAGCUACCACCGCAACAUCCACUACAACUCGGUGGUGAACCCCAACAAGGCCACCAUCGGCGUGGGCCUGGGCCUGCCCGCCUUCAAGCCAGGGUACGCAGACCAGUCCCUGAUGAAGUCGGCCAUCAAGACGUCGGAGGAGUCGUGGAUCGAGCAGCAGAUGCUGGAGGACAAGAAGCGAGCGACGGACUGGGAGGCCACCAACGAGGCCAUCGAGGAGCAGGUGGCCCGAGAGAGCUACCUGCAGUGGCUCCAGGACCAGGAGAAGCAGGCCCGCCAGCCUCGUAAGGCCAGCGCCACCUGCAGCUCGGCGACGGCAGCAGCCUCCAGUGGACUGGACGACUGGAGCGCCCGGUCGCCACGGCAACGGGACUCGGACCCCUCCCACUCUGACCUAGCAACCACCCCGGCAACCAACAACAAGCCCCCCUCCCCCGCAGGAGCCGCCCUCAUCCUGAACAAACCCCCCUCCCCCUGCGCACCAGGUCCCAGUAAUCAGACUCGUCACCAUUUGGAGUACAGAGCCAUCAUGCAGGAGAUGUCACCUACAGCGUUCGGUCUGACGGACUGGGAGGACGAUGAGAUCCUGGCGUCGGUGCUGGCCGUCUCGCAGCAGGAGUACCUGGACAGCAUGAAGCUGCAGAGCGGCGCCGUGCACCGGGAGCGAGAGCGAGAGCCGUCCCCCGACAGCAGCUGAUAGACGCCACCCGCCCGCCACCACCUGACCUUUGACCCCUGACCCCCCCCCACACCUGUUACCCAUGGAAGGAGAUUGACCAGGGAAAAAAAUAAAAAAACAACAACGCACACUCGUUUUUUUUUCCAGACCAUGAUGAUUCAGCUCAUCCAUCCCUCCUCCCUCCCUCCUUCCUUCCCUCCCUCCCUUCUUCUCCCGCCAUACACUCUCUUUCCAGCCAAUAGCAAUUCAGCAUUACCCUACCCUGCCCCCUCGUUUUUCUAUUACCUGUCCAGGUGGAGGUUGGUCUUAAUCGCUGCUGUGGGAUCAGCUUCGAUCAGUUUCCUGUUGAUCAGCUGUUUGAGUCGUCAGGUCAGGCUAACAGCGUCGACGUUUAGCCGACAUUCUGUUCAAAUCAAUCAGUAAACUAAUAAAUUACUGUUGUUAGCCACUAAUAGCAUCAGAAAACACCUGCCAUUAGCCAGUUAGCUCACCAGCUAGCAAACAGAUGACUGUUCACAUGUAAACCAACCAGUUGUCGUUAGCUAGCUGUUCAACUUUGUGUCCAUGAAGAAAACACUGACAUUUAGCUAACAUUUUACAGUAAUCAGGCUAAACCGUUCUCUUUGAAUUCUGUGCUAACACACAGACUAGCUAGCCAACUAAAGUUAUUUAUUAACUUUAAUGGUUGUGUAUUUGUUAGCUAGUGGCCUAACUAGCUAAUGCCGGUCCAAAUUCAGUGAACAGGCGUUAGCUAGCUCCGUUAGCUAGCUCUGUUAGCUUGUGAUGACUGUGUCAGUGGAAAAACUGAAACAUGUAAAAUUCAGUCAUCAAGCUUUAAUUUUGGAGGUUUCCUGUAGCUAGCGAGCCCCGGCGGACCAGGUCCUCCCAGGACUUUGGCGGGCCAGCUGGUGCGGAGCGGUUAGCAGCGAGACCGAAAGGGAACGUGACGCAGAGCUCGGUUCCACGGGGGAACAGGCGUCUGGCUUUAGCAGGAACCAGCUGCAGACCAGAUGAAGGUUUUCGAGCCUCAGAGCGGCCCGAUCCAGGACCUUCACCGUCUGGAAUCAAACUCAGAAGUCAUUUGUGGAAAAUGCAGCGUGAGUUUGUAAAAUUGAAUGCACAGCCUGAUGAAACAGGAAGUGUGACGAGUCACGUACGACUCAUCGGCGCUGUCGCUGUCAGGCCCGUUGAUUUCAACGGGGAAAUCAGACAUGAACAGCAGUGUAAAUGUUAGCCUGCAGGAAAACUUACAGCCACAUGAUGAACCAACAGCGGCCAUUCCGGCUCCAUCACCUUCAGUCCUGUAGACCAGCGGUUCUCCAACUGUUCUCAGUAACGUUCCCCUCUGAAAACUUCCCAGUCCAGUUGGUCCUGACCAGUUGAGCCUCCUGUGGUCAGAGGGUCAGUCCAGCUCCAUCAGUGUGAACCAACAACCUGAUGCUGAGCAGAUUCUCUUGU